CAGCCAGAUGUACCAUGUCCAGGAUGGGGCUCUUGUCUCCCCCAAACACUCUAAUGUGGGAUUUCCCGUUGCAGGGCCACUGGCCAGGAAACCACUCCAUGUGGAAGCCGUGAGGUCCUGGGGGAAGCUUUGGAGCCUGGCUGGAAACCAGGAUCCCGGGCCGGGUGAGCCCCCAUGCUGCUCCGUCACUAGGCAAGUCCAUUCCUUGCGGGGCCCCCCGGGCUGCCCUCUCAUUGGAGACAGUGGUCACAGGCUGGGCAGAGGCUGAAGGGGGCCCGAAGUUGCCAGAGAAGUCAGCUCCCAGCGGGGCCGGAGCGGUGCCGGUGCUGGCGACGGGGACCGGGACGCGCGGGGACGGCGGGCUCCUCUGCGGCGGGACGGCGCGCGCAGGUGCGCCACGGACCACAAUGUGGACAAUACAACGGAGAUGCUGCAGGAGUGGCUGGCCGCUGUGGGCCAGGACUACGCGGCCGUGGUCUGGAGGCCGGAUGUGGAGCACAGGCCCUACCCAGAUGAAGAGGGUCCCAAGCACUGGACCAAAGAAAGGCACCAAUUUCUGAUGGAGUUGAAGCAGGAAGCCCUGACCUUUGCCAGGGCCUGGGGGGCUGACUAUAUCCUGUUUGCAGAUACAGACAACAUUCUGACCAACAACCAGACGCUGCGGCUGCUGAUAGAGCAGGGCCUGCCGGUGGUGGCCCCCAUGCUGGACUCCCAGACCUACUAUUCCAACUUCUGGUGUGGGAUCACCCCCCAGGGCUACUACCGCCGCACAGCCGAAUACUUUCCCACCAAGAACCGCCAGCGCCGGGGCUGCUUCCGGGUGCCCAUGGUCCACUCCACCUUCUUGGUGUCCCUGGGGGCAGAGGGGGCAGCGCAGCUCGCCUUCUACCCCCCACACCCCAACUACACCUGGCCCUUCGACGACAUCAUCGUCUUCGCAUACGCCUGUCAGGCUGCAGGGGUCUCGGUGCACGUGUGCAAUGAUCACCGCUACGGGUACAUGAACGUGCCUGUGAAAUCCCACCAGGGGCUAGUGGACGAGCAGGUCAACUUUAUCCACCUGAUUCUGGAAUCGCUAGUGGAUGGGCCCCCUAUGUGGGCCUCGGCUCAUGUGUCCCGGCCCCCAAAGAAGCUCAGCAAGAUGGGGUUUGAUGAGGUCUUUGUCAUCAGCCUGGCCCGCCGGCCCGACCGCCGUGAGCGCAUGCUGAGCUCUCUCUGGGAGAUGGAGAUCUCUGGGCGGGUGGUGGACGCUGUGGAUGGCCGGACGCUUAAUAGCAGUGUCCUGAGGCGCCUCGGCGUGGACCUGCUGCCCGGCUACCAGGACCCCUACUCGGGCCGCACGCUGACCAAGGGCGAGGUGGGCUGCUUCCUGAGCCACUACUCCAUCUGGGAGGAGGUGGUUGCCCGGGGCCUGACCCAGGUCGCUGUGUUUGAAGAUGAUGUGCGCUUUGAGAGCAACUUCCGGGGCCGACUGGAGCAGCUGAUGGAGGAGGUGGAGGCCGAGAAACUUCCAUGGGACCUGAUCUACCUUGGUCGGAAGCAGGUGAACCCUGAGGAGGAGGUGGCUGUGGAGGGGCUGCCGCGCCUGGUGGUGGCCGGGUACUCCUACUGGACAUUGGCCUACGUCAUGAGCCUGGCGGGUGCCCGCAAGCUGCUGGCCUCCCAGCCCCUGCGCCGGAUGCUGCCUGUGGACGAGUUCCUGCCCAUCAUGUUUGACCAGCACCCCAAUGAGCAGUACAAGGCCCACUUCUGGCCUCGGGACCUGCGGGCCUUCUCGGCCCGGCCCCUGCUCGCUGCCCCCACCCACUACGCCGGGGACGCCGAGUGGCUCAGCGACACAGAGACGUCCUCCCCCUGGGACGACGACAGCGGCCGCCUGGUCAGCUGGAGUGGCUCUCACAAGCCCCUGCGAGACCCCCGCCUGGACCUGGCCGGCAGCAGUGGACACAGCCUCCGCCCCCACCCCCGGGACGAGCUCUAGGUACAGCUGUCAACUCUAGAAGGAUGUGCAUGAACAGGCUUCAGCUGCCCAGGAAACAGAGCUGGAGGAUGUUGACAGGAGCCGUCCCAGGAGCCACGGACCCAGUGGAGACUGGCUGCCACCUCAGGACGACCACUGUGUCCCCUGCGCCUGUGUUAUGGUGACAGAAACUGCUCAGAGCGGGUCCCCUUCCUCAAAGGAGCGGGAUUCACAGGCCCUCUUACCUCACUCCGGCCUGACUCAGGGCCUGGGUGGAGAGGAGGGGGGAGGCUCCCCAGCUUUCUCAUUCAAGCUGGGCAGACACCAGGGGCCCUGCGCAGCUGGGACCCCUCGGCCUCUCCGCCUCAGCCCCUCCCCGGCUUGGUGCCUGGAUCUCAGCUACCUGGACCCCUUGGCCCCCGGCCAGUGGGACAUGCAGGAAGGGGAGCGGCGGCCCCCUGGACCUGUGCUCCGCUCACGGGAGGCCCUCAAUAAAAGCCGGCUAGAAUUUGCACCUUAUACAUUUUAACUUGUGGCUGAGCCUCUUUGGUGGUCACGAGUCCUGGGAGGGAGGCCUCCCGAUGACCAAGUAAGCAGUUAAGAGACAGAGAGGGAAGCCAGCCUGGAGGAGGAGUCAGGCCGACCUGGCAUCUCCUUAGUCCUGGGUAGAGUGAGGUGGGAAGAACAGCAUCUCCUGGGCUGUGUGGGGUUGAAGUGGGCAGACCUGGAGCCCAGCCCUCAGUGAGUGCUCACCGGCUGGGGCUCUCCUGGACAUCACCAGCCUCACCUUGCUGGUCCAGUCAGGGCUUCUGAUCUUCC